AUGGGUUACUAUCAGCUCUACUGGAGCCACCCUCAAAAAUUCAGUCAGGAGUCUCUGUUGUGCCGCAUGUGUUUGAACCGGCAUGGCCUGAUCCACAAGUACGGCCUAAACAUGUGCUGCCAGUGCUUCCAUCAGUAUGUGAAAGACAUCGGUUUCAUCAAGUUGGACUAA